AUGUCUCUUAAAUAUAACAAGGUCCUCGUGCUAGGCGCGACGUCUGGCAUUGGCUGGGCGCUUGCAGAGAAGAUUGUCCAAGACGGCAAAUACGCCAUCAUUGUUGGACGACGACAAGAGAAGCUCGACGAAUUCCAGAAGAAGCAUGGUAGCGAUAAAGUCGACACCGUCGUCUUCGACAUUACAAAGCUCGACGAGAUCCCAAAAUUCGUCAAGGAUGUAACGAGCAAACACCCCGACCUCGACUCCGUCUUCCUCAACUCUGGCAUCCAGCGCGGUUUCGACUUCUCCAAGCCCGAGACGGUCGACCUAGACCUGCUGGAGAUGGAGUUUAGGACGAACUACUUGUCGUACAUGCAUCUUACCACGGCAUUUAUUCCAUUCCUCCAGAAGCAGGAGAAGGAAACCUCGCUCAUCUACACGACCUCUGGACUUGCGCUCAUGCCACUACCGCGUUGUCCAAACUACUGCGCUUCCAAAGCGGCGCUGCAUCACAUGAUCCUCGUUCUCCGCCAUCAAUUGGGGAACGGGCCUGGAAACAUCAAGGUCAUCGAGAUCUUCCCGCCAGCUGUACAGACAGAAUUGCACGACGCGAAGCACCAGCCGGAUAUCAAGGAUGGAGGCAACAUUGGUAUGCCGUUGACUGAGUUUACGGAUGAAGCCUGGAAGGGACUGGUUGAUGGCAAGGAUCAGAUUCCAGUUGGUUUCGUGGGAAAGGCUUUCGAUGCGUUUGAGAACAAGAGGCAGGAGAUGUACAAGCAGAUUUUCCUGUCGUAA